CCCACGGGCCGGACGGCUGGCGCUACAUCCGCUUGGCACCUCCCUUCGUCGGCCGGGCGGGUUUCCAUGUGGAAGUGGACUCGAUGGACGUGCCCGUGUGUGCUGCUGCUGCUGCUGCUUCUUAGGCGAUCGGCGGGACCCUAAAGGUUGCUGACCAUGAUUGCCGGGACCCAUUCUCUUCUAGCACUGCUGCUUUAUCAGGUGUUGUUGGGUGGCUCAGCCAGCCUCAUCCCAGAGGUGGGCGACCGGAGAAGGUUCAGUGGCGAUUUGAUCCAGGCUGCUCCGCUGCAACUCUCAGAAGAGAUCCUGCGUGAAUUUGAGCUGCGCCUCCUAAAUAUGUUUGGUCUUAAGCGGCGGCCCAUGCCAAGCAGGAACGCCAUCAUCCCUCCCUAUAUGUUGGAGCUCUACCACCUGCACACUAGCCAGAAGCCAAGCUCCAUGGACUACAACCUGGAGAGAGCUACCAGUAGAGCCAACACUGUCCGAAGCUUCCACCAUGAAGAAACUCUAGAAGAGCUUCCAGAAAGAAAUGGGAGGACAUCUCGACGUUUCUUCUUCAACUUGACAUCUGUCCCAAGUGGGGAGUUUAUCACUUCAGCUGAGCUUCAGGUUUUUCGGCAACACCUCAAAGAUGCCUUUGAAACCAACAGUAGCUCUUACCAUCGUAUUAAUAUUUAUGAAAUCAUCAAGCUGGAGAGCGAGGCCUCCCAGGACCCUGUCACGAGACUUCUGGACACCCGCUUGGUGCACCACAAUGACAGCAAAUGGGAAACUUUUGAUGUCACGCCUGCUAUCAUGAGGUGGAUUGCACACAGGCAGCCUAAUCAUGGGUUUGUGAUAGAAGUGGUCCAUUUGGACAAUGAGAGCAGCGUCUCCAAGAGACAUGUCAGGAUCAGCCGGUCUUUGCAUCAGGACGAUGCUAGCUGGUCUCAGGUUAGGCCGCUACUAGUAACCUUUGGGCAUGAUGGAAAGGGGCAGCCUCUCCAUACGCGAGAGAAGCGCCAAGUGAAACACAAACAACGCAAACGCCUUAAAUCCAAUUGUAAAAGGCAUCCGUUAUAUGUGGACUUCAAUGAUGUUGGGUGGAAUGACUGGAUAGUGGCCCCACCUGGUUACAGUGCCUUCUACUGCCACGGAGAAUGUCCCUUUCCUCUGGCAGAUCAUCUGAACUCCACCAACCAUGCCAUUGUUCAGACUCUGGUCAAUUCAGUGAAUUCCAAAAUUCCCAAAGCUUGCUGUGUGCCGACGGAACUGAGCGCCAUCUCUAUGCUCUACCUUGAUGAGAAUGAAAAAGUGGUACUCAAGAACUAUCAAGAUAUGGUUGUGGAGGGCUGUGGUUGUCGCUGAUGUGGCAGCAGCAGCAAAAAAAAAGACAAAUACAAAAGAAAUAACUUGACACUUUAAUAUUUUCCCAAUGAAGACUUUAUUUAUGUUAUGAAAUGGAGAAUUAAACAUAACUAUUUUGGAAAAAAAAAUCUAUUUAUGUCUACAGAAAAGUGAGGAAAAAUAUUUUAAUCAGAGAAUUAUUCCUUUAAAAAGAUUUUUAAACAUUAUUUUAGUUGUACAUUUUAUAUGGGUUUAACCCCCUCCUCUUCCCCUUCCCCCCCUCAGCACAUGAAGUAUAAAGGUCAGAUUCUUAUUUUGUAUUUAUUUACUAUUAUAACCACUUUUUAGAAAAAAAAUAGCUAAUUUGUAUUUAUAUGUAUAACCAAUGGAAAAAAGCAGAAGAAAAAAAAUAUAGGGUUUGUACAUAAUUUAAAAAACAAACAAAUGGUAGCUGUUGUGUGUAUUUAAGUUGGAAAAUGUGUACAUGGAAGGGUUACUGUGGCAAAGGUGCGGGACGCGUCUUACUUUCUGCAGUUCUACUGUUUUAGGGGUCACAAGUGUAAGUCCAAUGAAAAGUGGCUAAUCCACCCUGCUGACUCUAAGAUUAUAUUGUACAAUUCUCAGGAAUGCUGCAGGGUGGGCUGCCCAGUCCAUGAGAAACUGGCACCCUCCCCUCUUGAUGAGGGGAGUGUUUGGAUAAGAACCAGGCUUUGCUGAGCAAGGAGAAAUAAUGGCUGGUUCCUCAUGAAGGUGUGAUGUGACCACCAACUGGGCUGCUAGAAACUUCUCUCCUUCCCCGCCCCCCCCUUUCUAUCUCAACCACAUCUACAGAAAAGCAAAAUAUUUUCAUGCUGUUCCUCCCAUUUUAAGUAGUUCAUCCAUUGUCCUGGCCAAAUAUUAAAUAAAAAUACCAGAUUUCUUC